CAGGAUGAGUUCGCUGGAUGGUACAUGGAGCUAUCCAUCACCGCUAGAUUGGUGGUUUACAUUACAUUUUUGGGGACCAUAAUGUUCCUUAUUUUCUUGAUACUAAAAUACCUGAGCGAUUGUGACAUGGAAGAUGACACGGAGAGGUUACCAGUGGUGGCAGGAGAAGAAGUCACCGUUUGGACGCCGUCGGAAGUAACGGGGAAAGGUGAUCUGGAAACGGCGUCGUUCAGCUCGGCGGAUGAUGUGGACUACUCGACAUUGUGUGUCAUAUGUUUCGAGGAACGGAGAAACUGUUUCUUUGUACCGUGCGGUCACUCUGCCACUUGUCGCGGCUGUGCUGAGAAGAUCAUGUCGGAAGAAAACAAGGUGUGUCCGAUUUGCCGGAGGGUGAUACGCAAGGCUAAGAGAUUAGUUCUUAAGUUUUGA